AUGUUGGGCAAUCAGCAGCUCGCCGGGUUGGUUGAUUUGAGCCCGAAAAGGAGAGUACAACCUGCCAAAGAGAGCGACUACAAUACAGUAGACGACCAAAAGGAAUACGAGGACGUUGACUACUACUACGGUCGCGGCCAAAGUCACCAGAGCGCAAAAAGCACCCGACAAAUGGUGAAUUCCCCAAGUACACCAUGCCCUCCCGCUCCACCAUUAAUGCUUGGCACUUUGCCAAGAGGUGUCCCAGCCACACAUUUAGCAAUACAUACAGCUAAAUCAAAAAAGAGCAAUAGUUGUGGUCGUUGGCGAGUAAUGUGUGGAAUCCUGGCGGUUUCCGCUAUAUUACUACUACUCCUCAUCACAAUCAUCACUUUCCUCAUCCUUGGCAUCCGUUCCCAGGAUUUUAGCGGAACCAAAAAUGAACGGAGGACGGAAUUUGAGCUCCACCCCACCAAAAUUCAAAAACGCCGCGAACCCGACGCCGACAUUUCCGGGAACCACCUUUUGACGCUGUUGCUGACGAAGCGACAUGUUUGCCUUUUUGAGGCAUCAACUGAUGACGUAGAAUCGAGCGUGGCAAGCUAUACCACCGAACACAUCGAGACUGCCCAAUUGUUAUAUUACGGCAAUCUUUCGCACGCUGGGGUACCGGUGCAUCCGCUUCAAUUUCAGAGGGUGGCUCGUGGCCUGGGGAUCGACGAGGAUUGCCAUGUGAUCAUCUACGAUAGAAGCUAUACAAUUUGGGCGACAUAUGCGAUGUGGAUUUUUAAGCUCUAUGGCCAUCAACGGGUCUCGAUUCUGACUGGUGGAUUUGAGGGCUGGAAAUCGUUGCAGGCCCAGUCCGCUCAAUAUCGCACCGAAGCCGGCCCACCAUCACCAACUCCAAAAAUUGGCGACAUCAUCGGCUCUUGGAAUAGUUCUGUAUUAAUCACCUACGAUGAUGUGUUGGCAAAUAUGGAAAGCGAGAAAUACGAGCUGGUGGACGCGCAGACGAGCGAUGAGUACACCGGAAAGGCGAGCGGGGCUCUUUUUGGCCAUAUUCGAGGAGCCAUCUCAAUGCCAAUAGAAACAAUUUUUGACUGGAAUCAGAGCAGGUGGUUAUCGUCGCAGAGUUUGGUGGAUAUAUUUCGGAUUAAUGGACUGAGCAAGCAUAAGCCGAUCAUCGUCUAUUGCUCAACAUCCGUCCGGGCCUCAAUGGUAUGGUGGGCGCUGAGCAAGGAAGGAUUUGACGCUCGGCUCUAUUUUGGUGGAUGGCCUGAGUGGCUGGUUAGAGCACCUGAUCACCUGAAAGUACUUCCAAAA